GAGAGAUAGAGCGAGGCAGGGAGUGUGUGUAUGCAUGUGUGUGGAGAGAGGGAGAAAAAGGGAGAGAGAGAGCGCACUCCAGGUUGGCGCAGGCACCGGUCUGGGAGAACGGAGCGUUGUGCACAGCAGCAGCAUGGCUUCGUCUCACGGGAGAAGCGACCUGCGAUUUGCAGACUGGAUGGCAAGUUUACCGCAGAGCAUGCACACUAUUCCGCUCACCAACCUGUCUAUUCCCGGUUCCCAUGAUUCCUUCAGUUUCUACAUCGACGAGGCGUCUCCAGUGGGCCCUGAGCAGCCGGAGACGGUGCAGAACUUUGUUUCUGUUUUUGGCACAGUGGCAAAGAAGUUAAUGAGGAAGUGGUUAGCUACACAGACUAUGAACUUCAUCAGCCAACUGGAGGCUGGGAUCCGCUUCUUUGACCUGCGCAUCUCCACCAAGCCCCGCGACCCUGACAACGAGCUGUUCUUCGCCCACGGGCUCUUCAGUGCCACGGUGAGAGAAGGUCUAGAGCAGAUCAGUAGUUUCCUUUCAGCUCAUGCCAGAGAGGUUGUGUUCCUGGACUUCAACCACUUCUACGGCGUGCAGAACCUGCACCAUGAGAAACUAGUGGCCAUGUUGAAAGAGAUUUUUGGAGAGAAACUCUGCCCAGUCGUCUUCGCUCAGGAGGUGACUCUGCAGUAUCUGUGGGAGAAGGAGUAUCAGGUGCUUGUCUUCUACCACCACCCCAUGGCCCUGGAGGUGCCCUUCCUGUGGCCAGGCCAAAUGAUGCCCUCUCCCUGGGCCAACACCACAGACCCAGAGAAGCUGGUUCAGUUUCUCCAGGCGUCUGUCACCGACCGCAGGAGGAAGGGGACCUUCUUUGUCUCCCAGGUGGUUCUGACACCGAAGGCCAGCACAGUGAUGAAGGGCGUGGCUAGUGGACUGAGAGAGACAAUCACAGAAAGGGCCCUACCGGGCAUGAUGCAAUGGAUCAGAUCACAGAGACCUGGAGAGAGCGGCAUCAACAUUAUCACAGCUGACUUUGUGGAGCUUGGAGAAUUCAUCAGCGCCGUCAUCACCCUCAACUAUCACCUGGAUGACGAUGAAGAUGAUGCCACCUGAGAGCCCACAGGGGGGUGUCAGGGAGCACAGUCACCACCGCCAGUGGUUUGGUCUGUGUUCUCACUCUUUUCUCUUUGGCAUUUAUUUCAGGAGGGGACCUGCACUGCUCCUUUCACUUUAUUUAGGGCUAUAGUGAAUUGAGAGAUCGGAUAGCAAAAGAGGUUUGAGAGACGAGAAGUUGGGAUUAGGAGAAACAAUAGUGGUGUAUGGUUGGAGCACGAACAGAAUGAGGUUUUGUUUGUUUCCUAUUUAGGGAUCAAAAUUGUUAUUUUUUCAAGUGAGAUGUUCAAUUAAUUUACUUCCUGUGCUGUAAAAAUAGCUUUUUCCACUGAUCAAACGCACUGUUUUCAGUAUAACGUUGCCAAUGGUAGAUUCCUCAGAGAAUAUCAACUUUCUGCUAAAUGUAUUGGUACAUCAUUCUUGGUAUUCUAGUGAAAGUGACCGUUUUUUUCAGAGGUUGUUAAAAGUAGCUAGCAGUUCUUUGUCUUGUUUGGAUUUCUUAUUUAUUUAUUUUUUGACAAUAUGCAUUCCUGGUCAGAUGUCUGUAGGCGUUUCUGAAAAACCCUGUGAGCAGUUUGAAUGCAGUGUGUGUUUAAAAAGUGUUAUUACAAUAUGUUUGCUCAAAUCAUAGACAAGAAAUGAACCCAUUUCCCAUUUGUGUUUUGUUUCUCAGUAAUAGCCUCCACUGAAGUCAGCUGGCAACCUCGACAUUGAUCACAUUUCAUUAUAAACUGGUACAACAAUUGAUGUACUUGUUAAAAACCAUAGACUGAUAGAGAGCGAGGGUGUGGCUUGCAGAGAAAAUUGAACCAAUCCCUACAUGUGCACUUUAUCUUUGGUGCAUCUAAAUGAAACAAUCCUUUUCACAUUGUCAGUGUGUUAAAAUUUCAAGACAAGCUGUCAACUGCUACUGCAAGAUAUCAUACAAAAACACAAUUCGUCUAGGACAGCUAGAAAUGCAAUCCAUGGUCAUUGCUGAUGGUUAGAAAUCCAACGUGUCAAAUCAGAUUAGAUUUUGUGGUGGGUGCAGAGUCGUGAUAGCCAAGUAUAAAAAUACAUUACAUCUGGGUACAAGAGUGUAUCCACUAUCUGCUGAAUGCUUUCCUUCUGUGUGUGUGUCUAUACUUACUGCUGUAGUGCAGUAUAUAUGAGUCAUUAUAUGUAUCAUGGUGUUGUGUCUUUCAUAAUAACAGGUGAUAAAGUUGCUUAAUGCUCACUCAGAGACCCAUUUUACUUUUUACUUCAUGUCUGAAAAGGGAAUAUCAUCAGAAUUCGGAGUCAGGAGGAUCUGAUGUGACAGCAGUGAUUUGACACUUAAAAAAAAUAAUAAUAGAAUCAAUGUUUAUUAAGAUCUAGCUGUAGCUCUUUGGUGUCUACUUUAUUAGGUGUUUCAUGUUUCUGAAUGUUUCUGAAUCUCUGGAUUUCUGCUAUAUCAGUACAUUUUCAUUUUCUAUUUAUGUUUAAUGCAUUUCUUUCUAUACCCUGCUAUGUUUCACUUCAGAUGGAAAAGCACCCAGAAAGACAAUGGAAUAUUGCAAGGUCUUUUGCAUUGUGCAUGAAAAUAAAAAUACUAGUCAAACAUCUACACACCUUAUGAUCAGUGUGUCAUUUUCUGCAGAGAAUGUAUUCUGUAAGAACACUGUCGUCUAGUUUGGUAAAAUGUAAAACCAAAACAGGAAACUCAACUCUUUGGAUUUGUGAAUGUGUCUCGUGAGUAACUGUGCCAUUUCUGAAAGUCAUGUGAUCGAGUGAAUGAGUAUCAGCUAGAAAGUCUUUUUUUUUUGUAUUGUAUGCUUCAAUGUGGAAAUGAAUUCAAGUUUUAGAGUUCAAACAGUACUUCUUUCACUUCAGUGUUCAUGUUAAAAUGUUUUAUAUUGUGGAAAGUUUGUACAUACUGUAAUUGCAAAUAGCAUACUGCCGAUGAAUUGUAAAUGAUUUAAAUCAUUGCAAAGAGUCACUGAUAACAAUUUCUUAACUAAUACCUUAACUGAGCGACCAUACUGCUUCUUGUUUUUUCAUAUUUUGAGGGUUUUUUUUGCUUGAACCAAAAAGCUCUACAUAUACCUUUUGUUAUACUCCAGCAAGGUCCAUUCGUUUUGUGCAUCUCAACUGGAAAUGUUUUUACCCUUUAAAGCAAAUUUCAAAAAUAAUUUCUUUUUUAAAUGUUGUACUGCUACUACCCCGUACAGAUUAAGAAUGAACCCACACAAAUGAGCAGACUUGAAAAGGCUUGCAAAUUGUGCUGUAAGGACAUAUGUCUCCCCUGGUCCAAACUGUUGUCAUUGCUUUUAUGUUCUGAUGUGAAAAGAGUCCUUUGCUGUUGUAAAACUCAAAAACAUUUGUUCAAAUAAAAAAUGACUCUGUUCUAAGUGGAAAACGGCCAAUUAAAUAAAGCUUCUAUGCCUAACGACUGA